AUGUACGCACCCAUACUCGACAAAGAUCGACAUGGGGCUACCGCCAGGAGCCGGCGUUGUCCAGACGACAGACUACCACCAUGUAGGCGUACAGCAAAGGCAGCGGAGAUGCCAGUUGUUGAGCGAAGCUGCGAGCAACGAGCAAGUCUGCGUCUCAUCAUGGAUUCUGCCAAUGCUUACUCGCACAAAAGUCAGGAGAAAAAACGCCUAAUAGCGGGAGCUAGUCAGGAUGCGAAGGCUGUCCCGUCCAGGCAGACGUCAUCGAGUGGCGAACUACACGCGUUUUUCGUCAUUCCAGACGCCAAGCGAGAACGGGGGUAUUUGUCCCUGCAGCGAAUCAUGAUACAAUCGAGCGGCUGUGUCGGCACUACUACAGCCUCUGCCUCCUUCAAUAUGUACACUGUUCCAGCUAGCAGACACAAGUCUAUGUACACGCCGUGUAGACUAGCAGCCCUCGACUCAUUCGCUCGUUCCGCUUGUCUACCUUCUCUAAAUCGCCGGUUCAGAUUUUUCCAGGGACCGGCGACUAGUAACGCAAAAGUUCCAAAACACUACACGCGACCGUUUGUCGAUGGCCGGUGA